GGGCGUGAGGUGAUUUCGCGGCAUGGCGGCGUCGCAGUCGCAGGUUAUUGGUUUCCGCUAUGCUGGGUUUUCUUUCCGCUCGUCAGGCGGGUGUAGAUGACCCGCUGAGGCUCCGACGGGCUGAGGCUACGAGGAGGGUAUUGAGCUUGGAAUUAAACAAGAACAAAGAUGUUGAACGGAUUCACGGAAGUGGCAUUAAUACUCUGGAUAUUGAACCUGUUGAAAAUCGAUAUAUGUUAUCAGGUAGUUCAGAUGGUACUAUUGUAUUGUAUGACCUCGAGAAUUUUAGCAGAAAGCCAUGCUAUACCUGUAAAGCAAUUUGUUCCGUGGGAAGGAACCAUCCUGGUGUUCAUAAAUUCAGCGUGGAGACUGUUCAGUGGUAUCCUCAUGAUACUGGAAUGUUUACCUCAAGUUCAUUUGAUAAAACGCUGAAAAUAUGGGAUACAAAUACAUUACAGCCUGCUGAUGUAUUUCAUUUUGAUGGGACAGUAUAUAGCCACCAUAUGUCUCCUGUUGCUACCAGACAUUGCUUAAUUGCAGUUGGUACCAAAAGCCCCAAAGUACAGCUUUGUGACUUCAAGUCUGGAUCUUGUUCUCACAUUCUGCAGGGUCACACACAAGAAAUACUAGCAUUAUCUUGGUCACCACGUUAUGAAUUUAUUUUAGCAACUGGAAGUGCUGAUAGUAGAGUGAAAUUGUGGGAUGUAAGGAGAGCAUCUGCCUGUCUAAUUACUCUUGAUCAACAUAAUGGGGAGAAAUCAAAAGCAGCUUCUGAAGCAAUAAAUACUGCCCAUAAUGGAAGAGUCAAUGGCUUGUGUUUUACCUGUGAUGGGCUUCACCUUUUGACAACUGGUACAGAUGAUCGCAUGAGACUUUGGAACAGUUCAAGUGGAGAGAACACACUGGUAAAUUAUGGGAAGGUGAGCAAUGAAAGUAAAAAAGGACUCAGGUUUACUGUAUCACAUGGCUGCAGUUCAGAAUUUGCAUUUGUGCCAUGCAGUAGCACUGUUGCUGUUUAUACAAUUUAUUCAGGAGACCUAAUAACUACGCUUAGGGGACAUUAUGGUUCUGUUGACUGCUGUGUCUUUCAACCUAAUUUUCAGGAACUUUAUAGCAGUGGCAGAGAUGGCAAUAUUCUUGCCUGGGUACCAUAUUUGAGAGAACCAGAACCUGAUGAUACUCGUUCUGAAAAGUUGCUCUCUAAGCAGUGCUUAAAUCCUGCAUAUGAAGAUGCAUGGAGCAGCAGUGAUGGUGAGGAUGGAUGAAUUCCUAACUGACCGUUAACAUAAAGAGAUAAAUCACACAAUGUUUUCUAACGAAGGACAUUGACUAUCAGGAUGAGACAUAGCUAUGCCUUUCAGGUUCUUAACAUUUAAACAGUAAACCUUACGAUUCCAUGAAUACUUUCCUUUUUUCUACUUUGUCAUUCCCAAAUUUUAGCCAAGCAACAUCUUUGCAACUUCAGUUACAAUGAAGUAAGAAUGCAUUUCUUUGUGUGUGUUUGCUGUCUUCUGUAAAAAUACAUUGGACCUGCUCAUAUUUUGUUCUUCAGUAGACCUCAGCUCCAUUGCCAUCAUUCAAAUGAAAAAACCUUUGUCUUAGGAUUUCUUAUACAGUGGUGAGCUUUGUGUAUGUGUAAUGUUUUCAUGGUUGGAAAUACACUGUAUGAAUAAAAGCUGAACAACUCCUUUAUGUAAGACUAAUGAUAGAUACCUUAAUUAUUAGUCUUAUAGAGUCCUCACAACACAAGAUGGGCGGUGAAGAAAUAUGAUAGAUAAAUAAAUAAAUAAAUAAAUGUCAAAUUAAGAACAAUAAAAUUACAGUGAUUGUUGUAGAAAAUGUGGCUACUUGCCUCUGUGUUAAUGGCAAUCCUGUAAAUCUAUUUGCUGUCCAGUUCACAUAACAGAGUAACUUUAGACAGAAAGGAUUCUAGGACCUAAGCCUCUUCAUCCAUGGCAGGUACUGUUGAAGGGAUUGACAAAACAGCUCUUUUGCACUGCUACUUGACAUCGUACAGAGCAGAGUUGCUGACAUAUAGUAAAGCUGUUACCAGUAGUUUUGUAUUCAGAUGCAUGGAAUAUGCAGCUCUCCAGAUGCUAUUGA